AUGGUCGGACUUGUAUCGGCCGCCGGCUUGGUCGGCUUCCUCUCCGAGCCUGACCCAGAGCUCAAGGUCUUUGCUUUGAAGACAUUAGAUUCUCAGAUCGAUCAUCUGUGGACAGAGGUUGUUAACGCUGUCCCUGAAAUCGAGGCUCUCUAUGAAGAUGAAUCCUUUUCGGAACGCGGCCUUGCAGCACUAGUCGCAUCGAAGGUAUAUUAUCAUCUGCAGGAAUAUAAUGAGAGCAUGGUUCUUGCUCUGGGCGCUGGGAAGCUGUUCAAGCUGGAGAACGGCGGCGAAUACGAGGAGACCAUCAUCGCGAAGUGCGUCGAUACCUUCAUUUCUCUAUCUGCCGCCCAACGGCCCAGCACCGGUGAUCAGCCAGCCAACCUGAACACUGCAUUCCCAGCAUCGGGCGAAGGCGCCACCAGCACAUCCGCCAGCCUGACCUCUCCCAUCACACCUUUCUCCAAAUCCGCAUUGCCCUCGAAAUCGUUGCUUUCUCGCGCAGAAGUUCCAGGCGUGGACGCAGCACACCCGGGUGGCGACGACACGAGUGUUCAGCACGAGGAGACAAACCUUGUACUGAAACGUGGUGUACAACGUCAAUUGCAGACCGUCAUUGAGCGCCUCUUUGAAGAAUGCUUCCGACAAAAGCGAUAUCGUCAAGUCAUCGGAAUUGCCAUCGAAGCAAAGAGCUUGGAUGUCCUCCGCAUGGUCAUCCUUCGGGCUAGCAGCGACGAGAAACAGCAGGAAGGCGAUUCCCGCGGUAGCGAGGAACUGAUGGAAUAUGUCUUGGAUAUUUGCAUGGGAAUUGUCCAAGAACGGGCUUUCCGCAGUGAGAUCCUCAAACUCAUUCUGGAACUACUGAAUGAGAUCCCGGCUCCUGACUUCUUCUCAAUCGCAAAAUGCGUUGUCUACCUUAAUGAGCAUUCGAUGGCCUCUGAUAUCCUCCGCCAGCUGGUCGAGAAAGGUGAUGCGCGAUCUCUCGCAGUUGCCUAUCAAAUUUCAUUCGAUCUAUACGAUAACAGCACGCAAGAGUUCCUUCAGAAGGUUCGGCAAGAGAUUGCCGAGCUGGUUCCCGAGGACGAAAACGAUAAGGAAAAUAAGGAGAACGAGAUCGAGCCAAGAGAGUCUGACGCAUUACUGGAAGACCAGGGCAGCUCUCAUCGCUCGGCUAAACACUCAGAUCUGUCCGAAGACGCGAUCACUGCUUUCAAGAACAUCCUUUCGAUCCUAGACGGAAUCAAGACGAUCCAGUUGAAUUUGGAGUUCUUAUACCGGAACAACAAGGCUGACAUUGCGAUUCUGAACAAGAUUCGUGACAGUCUCGAGGCACGCAAUUCUAUCUUCCAUACCGCAGUGACACUUUCAAAUGCCUUCAUGCAUGCGGGAACCACCCACGAUAAGUUCUUCCGCGACAAUCUCGAGUGGCUUGGCAAGGCUGUGAACUGGUCCAAGUUUACAGCCACUGCUGCGUUGGGCUGUAUUCACCGUGGAAACCUUAGCCAGGGUCAAAAGCUCCUCCAGCCUUACCUGCCUCGGGAACAUAUCGCUGGAGUUGGAGGCUCUGGAUCUGUCUACAGCCAGGGAGGUUCUCUUUAUGCCUUCGGUCUCAUUUACGCCAACCACGGCGGUAUGGCAGUUGAUAUCAUUCGCGAUCACUUCAAGAAGGCGACCGAAGAGGUUGUUCAGCAUGGAGGUGCUCUUGGUCUCGGUGUUGCCGGUAUGGCAACAGGCGACGAGGGCAUUUACGAAGACCUGCGCGCCGUUCUUUACACUGAUUCUGCCCUCAAUGGUGAGGCAGUCGGUCUUGCGAUGGGUCUUAUCAUGCUUGGCACUGGUAACAUGAAAGCUCUGGAGGACAUGAUUCAGUACGCACACGACACGCAGCACGAGAAGAUCGUUCGCGGUCUGGCUAUGGGUAUGGCUUUGAUCAUGUUCGGACGCCAGGAGGCUGCCGACGAGCUAAUCAACGGUCUCCUCGGCGACCCCGAUCCAACUCUUCGCUACGGUGGUAUCAUGACCAUUGCCCUGGCUUACUGUGGCACUGGCAGCAACAAGGCAGUUCGCAAGCUUUUGCAUGUCGCGGUUAGUGAUGUGAACGAUGAUGUGCGCCGAGUUGCUGUGCUCAGCUUGGGCUUCAUCUUGUUCCGCAAGCACCAGAGCGUUCCUCGCAUGGUUGAGUUGCUUUCCGAGUCAUACAACCCUCACGUGCGAUACGGUGCUGCCAUGGCGCUCGGUAUCUCCUGUGCCGGCACUGGGUUGGACGAGGCUAUCGACCUCCUCGAGCCCAUGCUCAAAGACUCCACCGACUUUGUUCGCCAGGGUGCUUUGAUUUCCCUUGCCAUGGUUCUCGUUCAGCAGAACGAGGCCAUGAACCCUCGUGUCACAAGCCUCCGGAAGGCUAUGAUGAAGAUGCUUGGUGACCGUCACGAGGAUGCUAUGGCCAAGUUUGGUUGUGCCAUUGCCCUUGGAAUCAUCGAUGCUGGUGGCCGAAACUGCACCAUCAGCUUGCAGACACAAACGGGUAACCUCAACAUGCCCGGUAUCGUUGGUGCUGCUGUCUUCGUGCAGUACUGGUACUGGUUCCCUCUCACACACUUCUUGUCACUCAGUUUCACCCCCACAUCGGUGAUUGGUGUCGACCAGAAGCUUGAAGUACCACACUUCAAGUUCCACAGCAACACCCGCCCUAGUCUCUUCGACUACCCCCCUGAGCAACAGGUCAAGACCGAGGAGGCUCCAGAGAAAGUCAAGACUGCUGUCCUCUCUACGACUGCGCAGGCCAAGCGUCGCGCGCAGCGUCGGGAGAAGCAAGCACGCCGCGAGAGCAUGGACCUUGACCAAGCUCCCACAACACCCAAGGCCACCGAUCAAUUGCCGGAAGCAAUGGACACAGACGAGGGCCCCAAGGAGGAGGGAGAAGAAGGCAAGGAGACCGAAAAGGGUGCCGGAGAGGGACUGAAGAAGAAGGCGGAGCGGGAGAAGGUUGGAUAUGAGCUGGACAACUUAUCAAGGGUGCUUCCAGCUCAGCUCAAGUAUCUCACUUUCCCCGACCCACGAUACGAGCCGGUCAAGCGCCCCACCGGUGGUGUUGUUGUCGUUCUCGAUAAGCAGCCCGACGAGCCUCGCGAGGUGGUCGAACUGAAGGCCAGCAAGGAGGUUCGCCAAGCGCCUCCUCCUACCGAAACCCUUCAGGACCGCCUGCAAGCCGCCAUUGGAACCGCUGCUUUGCAGACCCCUCAACGGGCCGAUGCGCGGGCUGCUCUUUCAGCUGCCACAGGCGGUGCUGCCGCUGGCGCCGGUGUUCUAACGGCGGUGGAUGAGGACGAGGAAGGCGUCGAAGACGCACCUGUUCCCAACGACUUCACAUACGAGUCUGAUGGCGAGGAGGAGUAG